GUCCGAGUGAUAUGCGUCUCAUCUAAUGUUGGAGCUGAUUGUUACGAAUAUUUAGUUUUAUCGUUACUAUCGUUCUGACUGGUUUUCAAUUCUGCUCUAUCAAUCAGACACGUAUUUGUGGUAAUUUGUUGUUGUGAGCGGUGUUUUUAGAUCUUACUGUUUCUGGUAGUGUACUGUGAAGUUGUGUUUUGGUAUAAAGAUGAAAGGGAAAUCCAAACAUAAUGUGAUCUUCACAAAUGUUGCCAUUCUGAAUACAGACGAUCAAGAGGAGAUACUGGUGAUGGAGGACGGAGCACCGCCCCGACUAAACCGACAACACAGUGACGGUUUCCAACAUCACCAGCAUAGCCAGCUGCGUGCUAGACUUGACAUACAGGAUGACCUAGAGGAAUGUGACCUGAUAGAAGGAGGUAACAGCUGCUCCAGAUCCUGCUACUCCUGUUGGAAGUACUACGUGUUGGACACGUUUGGGGACGACUGGCUCUUCUGUUUGUUGCUCGGUAUCAGCAUGGCUCUUAUCUCAUUCGCCAUGGACUUCUGUAUACUCAAACUUCAGGAGACACACGUGUUCUUUUACAACGAUCUGACAACUAACCCGAUACUACGUUUCCUGCUAUGGACCGUCUACCCUCUACUCUGUAUUAUUUUCAGCGUUUCUGUCGUGCAGGUGAUAUCUCUGAACGCAGUGGGGUCAGGAAUUCCAGAAAUGAAGACAAUCCUCCGUGGAAUUGUGAUCCACAAUUACCUAACCUGGCAGACUCUUAUCAGUAAAGUUAUUGGGCUCUGUUUCUCUAUGGGAAGCGGGCUUCCUAUAGGUAAAGAGGGUCCCUUCGUUCACAUCGCCUGUAUCAUGUCCAACUUAUUGGGCCAAAACGUCAAGGGAUUCAAGAGAAUAUUCUCUAAUGAGACCCGUAACGUAGAGAUGUUAGCAGCAGCCUGCGCAGUGGGUGUUAGCUGCACCUUCGCAGCUCCUAUCGGGGGUGUCCUCUUCAGUAUCGAGGUAACAUCGACCUAUUUCGCAGUCCGGAACUACUGGAGAGGGUUCUUCACAGCAGUGUGCGGUAGUUUUGUAUUCAGGAUGAUGGAUGUGUGGAUUAGUAACGAGGCCACCAUCACCACACUCUACCCCACCAACUUCAGUGGGGACUUCCCCUUCGACCCUCUGGAGCUGGUCGCUUUCAGUUUGAUGGGAUUGUUGGCGGGGCUUGGAGGAGCUACCUUCGUUUACAUGCACAGAAAGAUCGUCUUCUUGAUCAGGAAUCAUGGCCACAAAAUAUUCCUCCACAAAAACAAGUUCGUGUACCCGUGUAUAGUGACACUAGUCGUCAUGAUAAUAUCGUUUCCUGAUUGGCUCGGACAGUUUAUGGGUGGUAAGCUCACUCAGAAGGACAGUUUGGAGCACAUGUUCAGCGAUCAAAGUUGGAGUAUAACAACAGAUGAAGAUAUAAAAGCUGUGUGGGCUGAUCCUAACAUAUUCGUAUCUCUUCUCUUCUUCAUAGUCUUCCAGUUUGUUAUGACUGCAUUCUGCGUGUCAUUACCAGUCCCGGCGGGAGUAUUUUUCCCGAUAUUUGUGUUGGGAGCAGCGUAUGGUAGAUUAUGUGGGGAAGCUAUGACGGCGUGGUUCCCGGAGGGUAUUCACGAGGGACAAAACAACUUCUUUAUUCAACCGGGAGGUUACGCGGUAGUUGGCGCGGCAGCAUUCUCCGGUGCAGUGACUCACACCAUCAGCACAUCUGUGAUAGUGUUCGAGCUGACGGGACAAAUAUCCCACAUAAUCCCUGUGAUGAUAGCUGUGCUGAUCGCAAACGCUGCUGCUCAGUGGCUUCAACCCAGCAUCUACGAUUCUAUUAUUCAGAUUAAGAAGUUACCGUAUCUUCCGGAGAUAAGCUCCAAACACACUCACCUUUACAACAAAUAUGUUAAAGAUAUCAUGAGACGAGAUAUUAUCUUUUGCAGCUACGAAUCAACCUGCAGACAGAUCCAGCAGAUGUUACAGACCACAGACUACAGGUCGUUCCCCAUUGUUGAUAACGUGGAGAGCAUGACCUUCCUCGGCUCCAUCAGACGAGUGUUCUUAGAGCGCGCACUUGAGCGUGCCCUACAGUACAAUCAGUUUCAGAGUUCUUCAUCACAAGGUUCCACUCCCCCCGAGUUCUCAUCGAUGCUGCAGUCGCCAAGUGUUUCGUACGGGGAUCUUAAAGAUCUGGAGAAGUAUGGAGACAGGCCCGUUGUGGACAACAAAGCUGCCAUUUUCGGCUCCAUCACUAGGCACAGCGCAAACAGCAAAGCCAGUGCCGUUCCUGUAACUUCAACUCUACUUGGUGUACCGGACGGCGUCACCACCCAAGAUUACACGACUUGGUACGAGUCCCAGCUUGACAAAAGGAUGGAUUUCUCCAAGUGUCCAAUGGACGGUGCUCCCUUUCAGCUUGUGGAUACAACCAGCAUCUACAAGGCUCACACACUCUUUGGACUUCUGUCUCUCAGUCAUGCCUACAUCACUGAAGUCGGUCAGCUGGUAGGAGUAAUGACACUGAACGAGAUUCAAGACUACCUGGAGGGCAGGAUACAGAUAGACGACAACAGGGACCCCCGGGCCGGUCAGCGACCUUCUGGAGGUGCCAGCGGGACCAUACAGUCUACCUUUGAACUCGACCCCAUGCACAUCAUACACAAGUAGAACAGGGGAGAUGGUGCACGGAUCUCUGUAUGUCUGAGAGAUUUUAAACACAUUAUUAUAUAUGAUAUAGCAGCGAAUAUGGAGAUACAGUGAUUUCUGAACUGAGGUCUAACAAAGUGGGGUAUUAAAAAAGAAGUGUUUUAGAGAAGAGUUUGAUAGGAACUGUAAACAGGUAGAGGAAGUUGGCAGUUUUAUUUAAGUUGAUUCUUUCCUGCGUUAUCUUGUUGCUCCUGUAACAUAUUAUCUUGAUAAGAGUUUUUAACAAUUUUUUGAAAGUUUUUGUGGAAGCAAAGUUCGCGAUUAUAAUUAUUUUAGUUAAAUCAGCGAUCUUGGUAGAAUGAAGAUAUGUCGUUUAACUGAAUUUGAUAAGUAAUAAUUCGGUUUUUAAGUGGCUGCAUUAAAGCUAUUUUAUUAAACGUUUUAAUUGAACGAUAUUAUGUUGAUUUUGGGUUCAGUAAAUCGUCGGGUAUUUAAAUUCACAGAUAUUUCAUUAUCUUUUAACUAAUUUGUAUAAUUAAAACAUACAGUAUAACUAUAUAUAACGAUUCACUAAAGUAUUAACAUUUUGCCUCACUAAUAUUACAAAGCUUGUGAUUUUAAUAAUC